CAGCCGUUCCUGGAAGUAAAAGUUCUCGAGACGACCAAACGCUCUCGGAGGAACCUCGGCCUGGACUGCGAUGAGCACUCCACUGAGUCUCGCUGCUGUCGCUACCCUCUGACUGUGGAUUUCGAGGCGUUCGGCUGGGACUGGAUCAUUGCCCCCAAACGCUACAAAGCCAACUAUUGCUCUGGCCAGUGCGAGUACAUGUUCAUGCAGAAAUACCCGCACACCCACCUGGUCCAGCACGCUAACCCCCGAGGCUCUGCAGGGCCCUGCUGUACCCCGACCAAGAUGUCCCCCAUUAACAUGCUCUACUUCAAUGACAAGCAGCAGAUCAUUCAUGGCAAAAUCCCAUCAAACCACCCAAAACCCUUACGGAGCUCUCCCUUGGCACCAGAACCCACUCCUCGGCACCAGAUUUCACUUUUGCUCAGCCACAAAAUCAUCUCACUGGGUUUCCAUUUGUCCAGUAACUAAAUUGAUUCUAACUGUAAAAAAAAAAGAAAAAGUUAUGAAUCAAACAUGAAUCAAAAAAAGAACUGAGUGAUGGAAAUACAGUACAUUAUGAAUAAUUAAAGAGGUUGUCCUUGUGGAGCAGCUUCAGAAAAAGGUAAAUGAGACAAAACUAUGUCAUAGAGUACGUGUUAGUUUUGUGGGUUUUUGAAGUUGUUGUUAUUUUUAAAUGGCAUCUUUGUCCAGGUUAGUGGAUUGAGAUGACGGGAGACAUAAGCAUUUACAAUAAUUUUAAAGCAAUUUCAGUUUGAAGGUGAGUUUGGAAAUAUACACGUAUGCUUACUUACGGGUGAGAUUUGAUCCACAAAAAUGUUUGCACGGGGGCAUUAUCAGAAUUAUUUUGUAAUCCAUCACUUUAACAAAAAGAACUAAACCCAUGCUAAUAUGAGGAGGGUUUACCUUUAGAAAUACUCUUUGUAUAAAUCCAAAAUCUUGUUUACAGAUGCUUAGAGAUGUGCUCUAGAGAUGUAAAGUGUUGAGGAGUUCCAAAACCAAACCUAGACCCUCUAUUAAUGUAUAACACUCCAGUGUGACAUUCUUGAGUAUCUAUGAAACCUUUCACAGGUACUUUGAUCUUUUUUUAUGUGUAGUCUUGUAAAACUCAAAAAGAAACAGGGAGAGAAGAGGUUAUACUAUUUUCACUCUGUCUUUCAAAGCGGAUAAAUAAAGCCAGUAUAGCUAUUUCUGCCAUUCUGCAAAUGUAGAUAAGACAUAUUUAGGUUUCACUGCGACACUAAAGUCUAAAACUAAGUACUGUAAUGUAGAUGCAUCCUGAAGUUAUUUUGCACCACCUGGGAGAGGAGGAGGCGCAGGAUCCUGCAGGAUGACACCAAUACAUGUCUUUCACUUUAACACCCUCAACUUUUGCAUUAAAUGUUUAAAACAGAGAAGUAAAUUCACAGUUUCAUAACUUGAAGGGGGCCUAGGACUGAGCACGUAAUAACAGACAGGAAGCUAAAUCCAUACCCUGAAAUACGACAUACGAGGGUGACGGUAAUGCUCAAAUGUUCCCCCUGCUGUGAAUUAUUGAACUGAAAAUAGCACAACACAGGAUCACAGGAUUACUCGUACUUACAGCAGUGUUUGCAUCCGUGUUAAAAAGUACUUUUGAAUUUAGAAAGAGCAGUAGCUUCAUUACUCACAAAGUUCAUUCACUUUUUCUCAAUGCUAGUUUCAGAACAGAAGAACAUAAAAAUCCUUUAAGUGCAGAAAUAAUGGCUUUUAUAAAUCACAACAGACCACAGUACACGUUCAGAUCAAGACAAUGUAACUCAACAACUGACUUUUGUUUAGAGAACAUAUUUGAUUGCUUUUUGAAAUGCCCCCAUUCAUCUCCACCUCGACUUUGUCGCCAUCAUCAUAAAAUAUUGUUAGUGCUUGAACACAGAGUAGAUUAGUAAUGCUUGAAGUCUGUCUUUGUCUCCUGGAUGUCAAAGCAAAGAUAUCCUUUUGUUGUAAACGAAAGCACUAUGCUGUUGGAUAAAGGAAGAGCCUUCUGACACUAUAUAUAAAUGAUAUAUGUAUAUAUUAAAAAAAAGGGAUACAAAAACCUUUUUUUGGGGCACUCUACCUUACCAACAAUAAAUUUUGCACUAUGGGACGUUCAUGGCGUGAGGAGGUAAAGUGUUGUUUGUGUUUUACCAAGCACAAGAGAGCUUGUACAGUAUAGGAUGAAAAAAAAAGAAAAAAAAAACUAUUCAAGCUUCUGGUGAUAAACCAUGAACUAGAGAGGUUAUCACUUCUUGUUGAUACCAUCACGCUUUCCUGACGUUUGUCUCAAGCGGGGGCCUGUCCAUACACUCACACACUUUUAUCCAAUCUGGAACCUGGACUUACUGUACCAGCGGCCUGAAAGGCCUCCUUGCCCACUGUGGGUGAUAAGUCGUAUGUAUAAUAAGUGUCUGGAUCAAUGAAAAUAGAAUGCUUUAACUGGAAAUGGCCCACCCACCAAUUUUAAUCUGUUACCAUGUUAGAGAGACUACGUCCUUUUGACUGAAACAAUGUGUCGACUGUCUUGCAUAGACAUGUUUUUGCCUUUGUGUGUAUUUUAAGUGAAAGCACCCAUGUAAGAAUGGGAGGAGUAUCCAGGGAUUGUUAGCCAAAGUAGAGGAUGACAUGUUGUGUGCUGUAACUUUUGUGAUCGCAGGAAUAUGCUAGAACAUUUCAAAGGGAGGAAAAAGCUGGUUUAGGGGCAGUGGUUGGAAAUAAUUCAACUGGUCAAUUUUCUAUUUAUUAAUACUAAUUACAAUGCAUUUCAAAGUCUGUCUACCUCACUGUAGCCCCCUCAAAACCUUGCUUUUUUAAAUUUGUCAUCGAUUAAUCUGUGCAAACAUUUAACCAAUAAGACCCCCCCACCCCCCAAAAAUGUAGAUGAAAACCACAGGGUCUCCUUGCUCUCAGGUUCAGAUUGAGUUAUUGACAGAGUGACUGAUGGUAGCGGCUCUGGUAAUGUGUGGUCAAAAGAAAUAAUUAGCUGUGCCCACAUCUAUGGCUUGGUGAGAAGUCGCAUUUUGAAUUUUAGUGUUUGUAUACUGGUAUGUGUGAGAGUGUUUUCAUAUAAAUAUAUGAGAGUAAGAAAUCUCUAUGUAAAUACCUACCCAAAUGUUGACAUUUAUGAUGUUUUGGACAGGUUCGCCGCUUCCAAUGUUUUUCUCACUUUCCCCCUUCAUUCCUCCAUUCUUUGUGUAGUUUUAAAAAAAGAAAAUCACCCCAACUUUGUAGUUUAAUGGUUGUGCAUAUGAAUAACUGUUCAAUUGUUAUUUUUGCCUUUUGUUGUUUAUUUACUGUCAUUUUUCUUUUGUACAAUAAAUCAUUUAUUUAGCUUA